CUUGUCAUAAGUGUGGCAAGUCUGAGUGCUUAUUAAACGUGUUGUUACCAGUUGUGGUAGUUUAAAUCUGUGGUCACUGGAAUUGUUCCGGAACCUUCCCAGCAGCUUCUCCGCCGUAUUCUGGGUUUGUGUGGGACGCCGUGUGGACCUAAGGCUGCUCAAGGCUGCUCACAAGGACUCCUUGCUUAAUUAAAGGUAGAGCAGCGGUGAGGACCCGUGAGGAGCCGUGAGGAGCCGUGAGGACCCGUGAGGACCCGUGAGGAGCCGUGAGGACCCGUGAGGACCCGUGAGGACCCAUAGUGUGGCGCCAGCGGUGGUCACCGCUGUACCGACACUAUUGUGAAGGGUGGUGAGCAGCAGGCACGGAGGCGAUGAUGAGGGUGGUGAGGAUGGUGAUGCUGGCUGGGGUGAUGGUGGCUGGGGUGAUGAGCAUGCCCUCCCGAGCCCCCAGACAGUCCCUCAUCAGCGAGAUCCUGACCAGACUCAUCAGCAGCGGCAGCCCCACCUUACACCCCCACGUCCAGGACACCGGGUCGCUGGGUCGUGAGGCCGGGUACCUGGUGGAGAGCCACACCGUCACCACGGAGGACGGCUACCUCCUCACACUCCAUCAUCUACCACCGUACGCCAACCCCUCCAGACGCCGCUACCUCCACCUCAGAGAAAGCGAGACGGAUCCUCCUGUGAGGGCGAGGUGGAAUGCUUCAGACAGUGGCGAGGGACCUGCACUGAGCCCGGCCACAGACACGGGAGAGACGGAGGUACCCACGACCCCUCGCUACAUGGACCAGCACGCCUCGAACUCCUCUUCGUCCGGUAAAGUGGUAUUUCUGCAGCAUGGACUGAUGGGGUCUUCGGACAACUGGAACACAAACACCAAACAGGACUCUCUAGCUUAUCUCUUGUCUGACGCUGGCUAUGAUGUCUGGAUGGGUAACUUCCGUGGAAAUAUUUAUUCACGAAGGCAUAUGAAUCUCACGCACAAAGAUCCACGUUUUUGGAAAUUCAGCUACGACGAGAUGGCUCGUUACGACCUGCCCGCCAUGCUGGACUACGUCCUGGAGGAGACGGGAGCGAGGCGGCUACACUACCUGGGCCACUCCAUGGGCACUACGGUGUUCUUCGCUCUCAUGAGUUCCCAGCCGGAGUAUCAGCAGAGAGUUGCCUCCAUGGUGGCCCUGGCCCCAGUGGCCACCGUUACUAACAUUGUUUCUCCUAUAAAGUAUCUAGCACCAUUAGUAAACGAACUGCAGUUGGUGUUACGGCUCCUGGGGAAUGACCAAGAGUUGAUGACGAACAGAUUACUGAUCUCACUGUGGGAACCUUACCGCGUGUGUGGCAGUCACGCCUUCUGUGAGAACCUCCAGUUUCUCAUAACUGGCUUUGACCCAUCCAGGGCUGAUCAGGAAAUGGUGCCAGUGAUCCUCUCCCACAACCCUGCUGGAGCAUCUACACAAACACUGUUCCACUUUGCACAGGGCUUCACGUCAGGGCGUUUCCAACAUUUUGACUGGGGUAGAGAGAGUAAUUUGGAGCGUUAUGGCCAAGUUGAGCCUCCAGUGUACAAUGUGACAAAUAUCAAUGUUCCCAUCACAAUGUUUUGGUCAUUAAAUGAUUGGCUUAUAGGAGAGAAGGAUGUCCAUCGGUUGGAGGAGGAGUUGCCACAUGUUGAAGCUUGCUACAAAGUUUCUAAUCCUAUAUUCAGUCAUUUGGACUUUCUUUGGGCCACUGAUGCUCGGUCUCUUGUAUAUGAAAAAGUUUUUGACAUCCUUGAUGAAGCUAUUAACAAAUAUUAGUGAAGGAACCAAUAAUGAACUUGGGACUUUAUGUGAAUGUCUAGCACUGCACAACAACAAUAGCACUGACAGUUGUUAGUCAGGGUCUAUAGUUGUAAGAUAACCUUAUACAGGUACUGUAUAGAAGUGUAUUUAAUAAAACUUAUUUUAUCUAAAUAAUGUAGAAAAUCUUCUACAGAUGGUAGGUUCUAGAACAUCUUUUAUUGUACUACAAUGAUGUGUGAUUGUGUGUGUGUGAGUAUCCGUGUGUAAUUGCGUGUGAGUAUGCGUGUGUAAUUGCGUGUUUGUGUGCAGAUGCUUAUUAAACACCCCAUAACCCACCCCGUGGGCGGCAGUGAAAGUGGUUAGAGGCACACAAUGGGUUCAAGAACUGAACCCCAAAAGUUUAUUUUGCUAAGCAAGUUAGCCGUGGCAAGCUAGCUUCAGUUUUUAGUGAAUUAUUAUAUCGACAAUGGGUUCGAGAAUGCCCACAAGUCUCUAAGCUUAGGCAAUUUACAUGUGCUGUGAGCUACUUUUAUAAUUUGAUUUGCUUAACAUACACCAACCCCCAUUCAGUGGUAGCGAUGGAGAGGUAACAAUCAUCCUCAUUUAUUACCUACAGUGAUCCAAAUCCCAAAUUUUAUUUACUUAAGAAAGUUGCACUAGUCAAUGUAUGUAUGUAUCGACAAUGGGUUCGAGAACUACGAUAUGUACAGUAUCUCAGCUCAGCAACUUAGAUUUUUGGUUAAUUAAUUUAAAUGUGAGAGGAUAUAAUAGUGAAAAUAGGUUAGGAGUUGGUAGAAUGGAAGGUUAGAAAGGUGGGGUCUACAGCUCAAUCUUGCAGGCACAAAUAGGUGAAUGCAGACUCAUCCACAGGCACCUGAAAAUGCUCUGUGAGGUGGGGUGGCGAGGAGGAAGGAGCAAAACAGACAUGAAGCGCAGUAUUGGACAACCCCACAUGGGGCGAUAAAGGACCAAGUAAUUAUC